GUCCGGGCACAGUCGGGCUCAGUACACGGAUGAUGAUGAGGAUGAUGAUGAUGGCGGGCCCGGGUUGGCUCCGUGUCUCCGGAGUGCUGGGCUUCCUUCUCCUGGUUGUCUCCCCGGCUCAGGCUCACUUGUACGGGCCCGAUGAUCUGGUGGUGUCCCUGGCCGACGGCGCCCAUUCCGUCCUCCUCAACUCCUCUAGCGCCUGGUUCGCCCAGUUCUAUGCCAGCUGGUGCGGGCACUGCCAGUCCUUCAAGCCGACCUACCAGGCACUGGCCCGGGACAUCAAGGAUUGGAGACCUGCGGUGUACUUGGCUGUCCUAGACUGUGGAAAUGAAGACAACACUUUAGUUUGUAGAGAGUUUGAAGUACAAGGAUUUCCUUCCAUGAAGUUUUUCCAUUCAAAUACCAAAGAGAAGUCAGAGGCUGUCCGAUCUCAAUCUCGGGAUCCAGGAUCGAUAAAGAAAUUCAUCAUUGACCAAUUGGAAGCGAGAAAGGAUUCUCCACCCCCUGCAUGUCCACCACUAGAGCCAAUCAGCACCCCUGAGAUUGAACAGUUUUUCCAAAACAAUGACGAGACGUAUUUAGUUUUAAUAUUUGAACUUCCUGAAAUGUAUACAGCAAGAGAGGUUGCUCUGGAUAUGGUGCAGUAUGAUGGUGUCUCAGUCCGGAGGGUACUCAAUAUACAGGAGGAUCUGGUCACAAAAUUCAAUGUGUCGUCAUUUCCAUCUGGAUUCUUGCUAAAUAGAGAUGGAUCAGUCAGUAUAAUCAAUCUGGGAGAUGUGUCUCGAGCGGCAUACACCAGCUUCAUUCGUUCUCUGCCAGGGGUGAAGAAACUAAACCUUAAUCUUUUUGGAUGGAAAGGGGUUGAGGAGAAGAAUGUGACAGUGAGACCUGCAAAUAGGUCCAAAAUCUACAUGGCAGACCUGGAGUCUUCUCUCCAUUAUUCUUUGAGGGUGGAGGUUGUUCGCUAUUCCACAUUGGAGGGGGAGCGUCUGAAAGCUCUUCGUGGCUAUAUCAAUGUGCUAGCAAAGUAUUUUCCUGCCCGCCCCAUGCUGCGCAAUCUUCUGCAUACACUCAAUGACUGGCUGGGUAAACAGGAGGGAGAUACAGUAAUGUAUGAAGACUUUGCAGAUGUUUUAAAUAACACUUAUAAGGUUAAAGAUGCAGUUCUGUCCCCCCACGUGAACUAUGUCUGGUGUCAGGGUUCACAGGCUAAAUAUCGAGGUUUCCCCUGUACUGUCUGGACGCUCUUCCACUUGCUGACAGUCCAAGCAUUUGAACUGAGAGCGCCUGAUUCUGAGCCGCAGGAGGUAUUGCAGGCAAUGCGGGAGUAUGUCCGCUACUUUUUCGGAUGCAGAUAUUGUGCUGUAGAGUUUGAGAAAAUGGCCAGUGAGUCAAUGAGCUUCGUUCGGGAUCAUGAUGAUGCCAUCAGAUGGUUGUGGUCAAAUCAUAAUCGAGUGAAUAAAAGAUUGGCAGGAAAUAAUGAUGAAGACCCAGAGUUCCCAAAGGUCCAAUGGCCAUCCAAAGACCUUUGCUCAAAUUGCCGGAGGAAACUCCUGAAUAAAGAAAUUUGGGAUGGUCCAAAUGUUCUUCGUUUCCUAAAACAGCGAUUUUCUGAGAGCAACAUAUCCUUUGAAUAUUUGGAAGAUGAGAAGGAGCUAUUGAAAAAGCUAAGGGCAGAGACAACCACAAACACCACAAGAGAGAAAAGGGAAACAAAAGAUUUGAACAAAAAACAGGACAGAAAUUAUAAUCUGGUCCCACCAAAUAUGGUCCCACCAGGUAAAGCUGAAAAGGAAGGAAAUGAGGACUUACUUCCAACAACCAAAGCAAAGCAGAUCCCACGUCACAGACCUACCAUUAUAAAGAAGAAGAGCAACACAGCUCUGCAAAGAGAUGGAAAGGAGGAGAUUUUUGACCUAGAUGCCUAUGAAAAUCAUUAUUUCCAAGGUAGAACUUUGCAGGACUCCAACUCAAAGCUCCAUAAGCGUGCUCUCCACCCAAAGACAUUGCUGGACCCCAGUGAUGCUGAGUUUAAUGAAGAAGCAGUAAAGGAAAGAUUGCUCAAAAGGGGGAUCGACACAAAAUAUUUUCUCGGGGUGAUGGUAAAGGAAGGGGACGUUAACUGGAAAGGACGCUGGGUGAAGAUGCUGGAAGUUGGGUUUUCACGCUUAGACAUCAGUUUGUGUAUUAUUCUUUAUUUCCUCACCAGCAUGGGCCUCCUUGUUAUGUAUCUGUACCUUAAUGUCAGAUCACGAUUUUUCCGCCAACGGUGCAGAUGUCCACAACCUUGACUUAAAUACUACCGUGCAUUAACUAGGGCGGCAGACUUGUGGUAUGUCAUGUUACAGAUGGAACUGUUUCAGAUGCGAAAAAUACCUGUUUUAACCUGUGGAAGUUUUGUGAUAGCCUAAGACAAUCAGUAAAGACCAAAACUAAAUGCACUGAAGUUGUCCUCCUGUACCAACUGGUCUGUUAACAAAAUAAAAUAAACCUAUUAAAAAUAUGUUUCUACAACAAA